AUGGCGCCCACAAAAUACAUCGAUCGUCCCGUGCCCACCAUUUCGCUUCGUGAUUUUGACUCACGGGUGGAUGAGAUCACCAAGGAGCUCGUUGAUGCCGCUGAAAAUCACGGCUUCUUUUGCAUUUCGAACGGCGUAAAGUCAAGGGUACCCUUCUCUCCUCAGCACAACGCUGGAUGGGAAAAGAAUGCGCAGAUAAGACCCUCGACAGGGGCCGUUGAUCGCAAAGAGUCGUACCAGAUGCAAUUUGGGGAGGCCAUGAAUGGGCGCUGGCUGGAUGAGGAGACAUUACCAGGCUUUCAGAAGCAAGCUUUGGACUUCAUGCAUCAAGCACAAGCGGUCAGCGAAAAGCUCAUGAAGUGUUUUGCUAGAGGUCUGAAGUUCGAAGAUGACUACUUUGUCAAAGCCCACGAUGUCAGCCGACCAGAGUGUCAGACUGUUUGUCGGCUCCUACACUAUUUCGAAACACCCAAAGAGCAAGAUUCAACUGGGCAGGUGUACCACAGGGCCGGUGCGCAUGCUGACUGGGACUUUUUGACUUUGUUGUUUCAAAAAGCUGGUCAAUCGGGUCUUGAGAUAUGUCCAGGAAGGGAAGUUUCGACUUCGUUUGGGUAUGGCGACGCAUGGACAAAGGUGGAGCCUGAUGUUGAGAAGAAUGCAAUUGUAUGCAAUGUCGGCGACUUGCUCAUGUCAUGGUCCGAUGACCGCUUCAAAUCGACCUUUCAUCGCGUCAAGGCGCCAUGCGAGCCAGACGACUACUAUGGCGAGCGAUACAGCAUUGCUUUCUUCAACCAGCCAUGCAAAGACGCCAAGAUUCAAGGUCCAUUGAAGAGGUAUCCAAUGGUGACGGGUGAAGAGUUUACCAGGAAUGCCAUGAGUAGGAACUAUCAAGCCAUACAAGAGAAGCUGAAGAAGGAGAGAGAGUCGAUACCCAAAGUUACAGAAGUAAAGGCAGCAACAACACGGGUAGGCACUACGGCAUGAGGUGCCGUAGUGCAGAAUGCAGCAUUGACAGAUGUCAUGCAGUCAUCUUGCGGAGUUACUUCCGGUUGCACUAGUCGCCUUCACCCUUGCUUCGCGUGCACUAUCUCCUUACACAAUCUCGCUUUGCUGUAUUCAAAGUAUCUGCAUCACCUGAAUGGUAAACUCUCUGAAAAUUACUACGGUUAUUGAUUCUUUCGCAC